ACCUAACCGCGCCGGCGGGAGGAUUUGUAGCGCGUGUGGCGGCGUUAGGCAACGCGGGUCCUCAGAGCCAGGUCCCUGGGCUGAUGUUCCCCGUUCAGCGCUGUCUCUGGGCCGCUGGUUCCCCAGGGCGGGCCCAGGGGCCCUUGGCUGCUGCUGAGUGCCUAGUGCAAAGGGGCCUGCGGCCUGAGUCCUCCAGCUCCCUGGCUCUCAACCCGAGGGCCGCGUGUGGGCCCGUCAGCGCACCGCUGUGACCCGUGUGACAGCCUCAGGGCGGCACAGAUCUGACUGUUUUCCUGGAUAACUGGAGUAGGAUAGGAGCAUCGCACUAGGCUGAAAUCUCAGUUGACACUCAGUAUUCUUCACCCCUUCCGCUGAUGCCUGGGAAUUAGAAAGCUGCAACUCAGCUUUCCCCCUAGUGUGAAGUGUGUACUCUUCCAAAGAGUUCUCCAGAAGAACAGAGCAAGUUGGGACCUGAUAUUUGUCAGGUUUUCUUUGAAACUGCAUCUUAAUCCCUCAUUUAUACUGUCACAGGAAAGACUGGAACAGUGAAUGCAAACUAGAUAAUGCCCCUCUCCACUCAACCUGAAACUGGUGAUGACCAGUAUGUUUUAGUUGCCAGUCUUGACAAUGUCAGAAACCUCUCAAAUAUCCUAAAAGCCAUUCAUUUUAAAGACCAUGCAACAUGUUUUGCAACUACAAAUGGAAUCAAGGUUACAGUGGAAAAUGCAAAGUGUCUGCAGGCAAAUGCCUUUAUUCAGGCAGGGAUUUUUCAAGAAUUUAUUGUACAGGAAGAGUCUGUGACGUUUCGAAUCAAUUUGGCUGUUCUUUUAGACUGCUUGACCAUUUUUGGUACAAAUUCUUUGCCAGGUACUUCAACAGCACUUCGAAUGUGUUACCGUGGUUAUGGCUACCCCUUGACCCUAUUUCUAGAAGAAGGUGGUGUGGUAACUGUGUGUAAAAUUAACACUGAAGAACCUGAAGAGACACUAGAUUUUGAUUUCUGCAGUACAAAUGUGGUUAAUAAAAUUAUCCUGCAGUCAGAAGGGUUAAGAGAAGCAUUUGCUGAAUUAGAUAUGACCAGUGAGGUCCUGCAGAUCACCAUGUCUCCAGACAAGCCUUAUUUCAGAUUAUCCACCUUUGGCAAUGCAGGAAGUGCGCAUCUUGACUAUCCCAAAGAUUCUGAUUUGAUGGAAGCAUUUCAUUGCAAUCAGACCCAGACGAACAGGUAUAAGAUCUCUUUGCUCAAACCAUCUACUAAGGCACUAGUUUUAUCUUGUAAAGUGUCUAUUCGGACAGAUAAUCGGGGAUUCCUUUCACUGCAGUAUAUGAUUAGGAAUGAAGAUGGACAGAUCUGUUUUGUGGAGUACUAUUGUUGCCCUGAUGAGGACAUUACUGAAUCAGAACUAUAGCUCUAUGAUAUGGACUGUGCAUUUCAUUUAUGGACAUUCAGAAUGAUAAAAUAUUUAAUUAAAAAACUUGAAAGUUGCCAGAUUGAUAGCCCAGAAAAUGGACGCCCCGUUUAUCCACAGAAAGGAGCAGAACAAGCAGCUACAAUGAAGCUUCUCCUAUAUUACUUUGCAAGUGUUUCUCACUCUUGACCUGAAUGGACCAUCUGUAAAAGUGAAAAGGUUGCUUAAUCCUUGGCCUCUGUGCUGAGGCUGAGAAGGGUGCUGUGAUGUGCACACUUGUCCACUGCAAACUUGGAGUGAUCACCAAACAGCCCCUUGAGUAUUCUGUCACUAUUGUCAGAAUAAUUGCAAACACAAGCAAUGCGGUAAAUCUAUGACAGUAGCAGUAUGUUAACCAAAAACUGGUGGAUUAUGGUUUGCUCUGAGCAUGGAUGAAGCAAUUACACGUGGUGAAUGUCUGAAUGCUGGCUUGUGUUAGACAGUGGGUGGCUCAAAUGAUUUAAAAAAAUAAAACUUCUUGUGAGACUACAGGUGGAGAGUGAAAAUUGAAACUGACUUCACAACAACAGUAAAUUGUGAAAUUGCUCAUCCUCAGCUAGACUCAAGCCUUCUGUAAUUACUGAAUUCCCUAGAAUUUCAUCAGGGAUGGCCCAUUUUCCACAGCAGUGUGCUUGUGCUGUACUGGUAAGUUAGCAUAGAACCCAACAUAAAUCACUUUUAAGUACUUGGGCAGUGUCAUUUCCAUUUUAACUUUUCAAAUUAAAAAAAAUUUACUAAUACAA